AUGGACUCCGGCCAUAGUACAUCUGGCUCCCAAGCCUUACGCCCCAUGUCGACCGCCUUACCCGGUGGGAUUGGCGAGGGACUAGUCCAGCCAGGGCUGGAUGCAAGAGAUGGCGCAUACGCUGUUCGUGUAGGUUACGGUACCAUGACCGGACCUAAUCCCGCCGAUGCCGGGACCCAAACAACAGGGAGGGAUGUCUCAAUCCCGGAAGCGGUUCACGAAGAACAAGACGAACCACCUCGUCCAUCCGGUAGUGCUGCAAUCAGUGUUAGAUCCGAAAGCUCGAACUCGCAGAAGUUUAAACCGACCAGCUACCAGCAUCAAGGCCCUGCGCGUAGUGGUAGUAUCACGGAGCAUGUGGUUGAUGUCAAUGGAAUCCGCAAAGUGGUUCUCCACACAACCAGCACCAGUUCAUCUGAUCAUGAGGGACGUGCAUCACCUAAAAGCAAAUUUCCAGGUCAACAGGAUGGGGAGGUUGUCGAUCUGAAUGGUAAAAAGUCCGACGGCACUCAAGGUGAUGUGACUAAAAAACGUCGUCGUCGGCGCAAGCGUGGGCAAGUGUCAAAGCACUCGGACAACCAUGUAGGCGAAGCAUCGCCACUUCUGCCACAAUGA